GCAGCCCUGUUCGUGUUUUUCUCAACAUCAGGUGGCAACUCCUAUGUUUUUCUCGGCUGACGAAAAAAUUGACCAAAUAAAAUCAAUUAAAUUAAUAUUGCAGUUUGCAAAUUUUCAGUAAAAGUGCGGGCGGACAAUAUUAGAAAAACACAUAGUUUUUCAAGUGCGUAACCUAAGCAGGCGUAUAUGUGUAAUCGUGCGUAUUCCGUAAACGUCACACGCAUAUAAGGCCCACGCACACAGAUAAAGAGAGCGGAGCCCGACUAUUUACUUUGAUCACCACGUAGUAACUAGAUAAAACUAGCGAUUACGGAUUAAGGCGACAUGGACGGCAACAAGGACGAGGCACAGCGGUGCAUUGACUUCGCUGUUCAGGCGCUCGCCGAGGGCAAAAUCGAAAAGGCGGAAAAGUUUCUUUUGAAGGCGGAGAAACUCUUUCCAACGGAGAAUGCAAAGAAGCUACUGGCCCAGGUGAAGAGCACCCCAGGCAACGCAAGUAAUGGCAAAUCUCGUCCAGCGGCUGCCAGUGAUGAGAAGGACAGUGGUCCUAGGAAACGUGUAAACUCAGAUUCUCGUUCCAAUGCGCCGGAUUAUACCAAUGAUCAGUUGGAGGCUGUGCGAAAGGUCAAAAAAUGUAAGGACUACUAUGAAGUGUUGGGCGUAAGCAAGACGGCCACGGAUUCAGAGAUCAAAAAGGCCUACAAGAAGCUAGCCCUGCAAUUGCAUCCGGACAAGAACAAGGCCCCUGGAUCGGUGGAGGCGUUUAAAGCUCUUGGUAAUGCUGCCGGCGUCCUUACAGAUGCCGAAAAGCGCAAGAACUACGACCUGUACGGUAUCAAUGAGUCGCAUAAUGGUCACGGCAACAAUGGAGGUCAUCAUGGACAUGGUCAAUACUAUAACAACGAAUAUGGAUAUUCGCGUGGUUUCCAGGCUGACAUCAGUGCCGAGGAGCUGUUCAAUAUGUUCUUCAACGGCGGAUUCCCCCAACAGAAUGUCUAUAUGCGGCAGCAGCGACGUCGUCAUCAAGCUCGCGAAGAUCGUGAUGGACAAAAUUCAUCAGCUUGGAUCAAUUUGCUACCUAUCUUACUGCUAAUUGGACUCUCCAUGAUGUCCUCCUUCUUCAUCUCGGAUCCCAUGUACAGCCUGACGCCCUCUCAUAAAUAUUCUGUAAAGCGUGAGACGAAUGGCCUAAAGGUACCAUACUAUGUAAAGGACAACUUCUAUUCAGAGUAUCAAGGAUCAGUGGCCCGAUUAGAGGAAUCCGUUGAAGAAGACUUUGUCAAUAGUCUUAAGCACUCGUGCAGUCGAGAACGGAAUUAUCGCGACGCAAUGUUGGCCAAGGCGCGUACCUUUGGCGAUCGGGACCUGUACAGAAAGGCGCAGAAUAUCAAUACGCCAUCGUGCGAGAAUCUACAAAAGUAUUUAAGCACAUAAUUUAGUUAAUGCUACUACACGAAAUCCUACUUUUCUCCCAUAUCCCCAAUUUUAAACCUUAACUGGGUUGUAGUCUUGUAGUCUAUUGCUUUAUUUGUUAUAAAAGAAUUUCAUUGUC